UUUUAUUUUCUUUCUUUCUUCAUUAGCUAUUUGUCGGGAAACGAACUCGGAUAUUUGCCACAAAGAAUUUUCAAAGGCUUAAAGCAGCUUCUGAUUCUGUAAGUAGAAUAUGAAAUUCAUUUUGUGCUUAAUUUGAUCGAGGUGGUAUCUCAGUAUCUUCUAAUAAUCACACUUAUCAGUUUGAGAUGCACAAAUCAAUGCCCAAAAAUUAUGUGUAUUUUUAAUUUUUUUUUCUGUAAGAGAACUCUUUGACAACGAAUUGAAGAACGUUUCCAUCGAAAACUUCAAAGAAAUCAGACAGUUAAAAAUUCUGUGAGUGUUUAAUUUUCAUGAAUGAUAAAAUGAAAAUCAAAUUAUUGAAGACACUAGCUGGCAUCAAAGGUUCAGUGAAGAAAAUAAAAAGGUACAAAUCGAUAUACUAAGUUUGAAGCAACACUCCGGAAAUGCUCUUCUAUUCAUUGAUUUCAUCCUUAUAUUCUUGUCUUUAAAUAUCUAAUUUUCAGAUUAUUACAUAAUAACCACAUGAGGGAGAUUCCCUACGGAUUUUUUAAAGAGUUGAAGGAUAUAUUGCGAGUGUAAGAUUUUGAUGUGAUUUAUUUGAUACAUUUACAAUUUAUUAGCAGAGCUAUAUGAAUAGAAAGCGUCUGGGGGUUCCUUUAAUUAAAAUAUUUACUUGCGCAGAGCUUCAGGCAAAUGAGUUCGUGGUUUCUAUACUAUACUAAAUAUCUAUUGUCGGCUUUCUUCACCCUAUUGACGACUUUUAUAACAACCUCCAUUUUUGUUGCCUCACAAAGACUGCUAUUGCGCACUACAUUGCUUUAAAGUAUCGCAAGAAAAAUUUUCGAACAUAUUCGAUGAAAAUUCAUAGAUACAAUAACCUCUAUAUGAGGAAAUGAAAUCUGAUCAAUUGAUCUCGCGUUACCUUUGUGCUCUUAGGGUAUAGGCUUUUAAUUUUAUCUUUUACUCUAUCCUUAUGAACUGAAUAGCAUCAAAUUUUACGGUUGCAGGACUUUGGACACAAACCUGAUGUGUUGUCAUAUGCAUAAGGAGGACGCUGACUGUGCUUUCAUUGCGAACGACGACUUCGCCAACUGUGAGAGCAUGUUCAAGAACCCAAUCCCGAGGAAGAGCAUAUGGGCAAUCGGCUCCCUUUCUCUGGCUGGGUCUGUGUUUGUCAUCACAUGGCGUUCAGUCUUUAAGGAUACAAACACGGUACAAUCAAUCAUGUUAUUGCACUUGGCAGUCUCCGAUGGUUUAAUGGGAGCAUACCUAAUCACACUGGGUGUCAAAAAUCUGUUGUGGAGAGGAGAGUAUUACUUACAUGACUUCGAGUGGCGGUCCAGUUUGGCUUGCCAGAUAACUGGUGCUACCUCUUUGUUAUCCAGUGAGGUCUCCUUGAUGCUGAUGGCUUUGAUAUCUGCGGACCGACUCAAGAACAUUGUGUUCUCGUUCAGAGGUGGAGCACUUUCGCGGAAGAUGACCCGCAUCCUUUGCACCAUCAUAUGGCUAGUCGGCUUCCUCCUGGCUUUCUUUCCGAUGUUUGGCUUGAGAUACUUCGAAGAUCUUACCACAUAUCACAGCUAUUACGGAAAAAGUGUUGUCUGCCUUCCCUUACAGCUCUCUCGUCACAAAACGGAAGGCUGGGAGUACUCUGUUUCUGUAUUUAUUGGCCUCAAUUUCUUCCUCUUCAUAUUCAUCACAGUUGCCUACCUCGCCAUAUUCAUAAGCAGAGUGCGAGUUAAAAACCAAUCAGCCAACACAAGGAGGGAGACCGGUCUGGCCAAAAGAUUGUUCUUCAUCAUCUUCACAGACUGUCUUUGCUGGAUGCCAAUCAUCGUGUUUGGUAUGAGGUCGCUUUUGGAGAAGAAUUUCAAGCCACCGAGAGACUUAGCUGCUUGGAUUGCCGUGUUUGUUCUGCCCAUCAAUUCAGCGAUAAACCCGAUUCUAUACACGUUAGCAACACCAAAGGUAAAGAAUAACAUUUCUUCACCAUCUCUUAAAUCUAAAUUAUUU